AUGACGUGUUUUUCUAGUUUCCAUGUUGACUCAGUGUAUUGUGUGCACAUGGAGCCUCUCGUGCACCGCUGCACAUUUAGGUUUGGGAGGUUUGAGUAAUGAACUGGAGAAUCUGAUACCUGUAAAUACUGUGUUCACUUCACAUUCUUCUUCUAAUCCUGCUUUGAGUGCGUUUCCUGUCUGCAGUGAGCUCCGGGCUACUCGUGAAGUUGGACUCCUCCUCACUCCAAAGGUCCUCCCGGCUGAGCACAAGGAGGUCGGAGGGCAGAGAAGAAGACGAGCAGACGAGGAGGGGAUGGGAGCGAAGGAGGCCGAGGAGGACGCGGCUCCGCACGCGGAACACCGGACGAAGAAGAAAACCUCCAAAGAAGUUUGUUUCUCGGUGCUGCCGGACAAAUACCAACCUCUGAUCGAGGAGGAGGAGGAGGAGACGCCGGAGGAGAGGAGGAAGAGGAAGGAGGAGAAGAAGAGCAAGAAGAAGGAGAAGUACAAAAGGUACAGGAAGAACGUGGGCAGGGCGCUGCGGCUCAGCUGGCGCUGCCUGACACUCGGUUUACAGCACGUGACCUCCACUUACUCCUCGCCCGCCUGCGCUCUGUCCACUGUGGUGAUGGAAGUCAACCGAACCGCUGGACGCAAAGCAUGAUGGGACACGGAGCCUUUAAUCAAACUGUGCGGAAGUGGACAAACAAACACCGGAGCGGAGCGCGAGGUCCGUGUCCCGGGACACCAGUCAACAGCUUGUUUUUAACUUAAACUUAAACUUAUUAAUAUUAUCAAGUAAAGUCUCCUUCACUUUGUCCUACUUCAUGUCAAACCUUAUUAACAACUACCAAGAGUAAGAAAAUAGGAUGUUUCACCAUGAAAUAUAACAAUUAGAACCAUGAAAAAUGUUUUACCUUAUCCUUAAAUCCCACUUUCAAUUAGCAGGAGAGCGCUAGCUGUUAGCUGCUAGCUGUUAGCUGUUAGCUGCUAGCUGUUAGCUGCUAGCACAGUCCUGCCUGGCUAAACAACGGAGCUAGCAGCUAACAGAUAGCAGCUAACAGCUAGCCGCUAACAGGAUCCAUUGAGUUACCUUAUGAUGCGUUCAGGCUCUCUUCAGUAAAGUGUUGGUUGACGGUAAAUUAUAACGUUCUGUACGUUGUUGGUGAGAAACUUGAAUGAAUGAGUUUGAAGAUGUUUUCAAAAUAAAAUAGAUAUUAGAUGCAUGUUUAAGUGUUUUUAACCGUAGUUGGUGUCAAGUUGUCUUAUGUUUUGACUUUUUGUGCAUUUCUUCAUAUUAUUUGUUUUAAUAUAACAUUGCAUAGAAUGUGUAGGAUAAACUUUACAUUAGUACAAAAUAACUUUUCAGUAAAUGUUACGUAUUUAUGAAAUAAAUGGAGUCUGAACCUG